GCUGACGCGAGUCGCGAGCGACAUCUGCUCUGGACCUCUGGGACGUGCCACCUGCAACGCCGACGACCUACUCUAGUAGUAGGCUUGCUCUCGUAAGAGCUCCAUUUACCUCCGGUUCUGCUCCUAACAUCAAAUGCAGACCCUGCUCCAUCACCCGACCAACCAGAACUACUCGAUUUCUUGGAGUCCGCAGCUGCGCCCCCUGCGCCCUGGUGUGGUGGAUGAGGACGUGGACGAGGAACUCGCCAGCGGCUCCCUUGCCAGCGGCACAGGUGGCCUCGGCGGCGGCGGCGGCGGCGGCGCCGGUUCUCUGCACGCCACGCCCUUUGGCGUGUUCCGCGCCGCCUCCCCGUCCAGCUCCGUAACCGGCGUCGUAACUCCCGGCGGCGCCGCCAGCGCCGCCGCCAGCAGUGGCGGCGGCGGCGGCGGCGGGAUGCUGGCGGCGCUGCUCGUGAUGCGCCCACCGACGCCAUCGCAGAGUGGCGGCGCCGCCACCGGCGGCGUUCGGCGUAUGUCGUUCACUCCGGGUUCGCUGACGGAGCGGUCGGCGCUGCUCGGUGGCGGCGGCGGCGGCGGCAGCGGCGGCGGCGUGGGUGGCGGCGACGGGAGCUGGCUGGAGCGCAGGGGUAAAUGGCGACAGAAGUUUCCGCCCAGGGCGGUGCCGCGCGGCGCACUCCAUGAGAACGCCGCCGCAGCGGCCUUCGGUGCUGGCGGCGGCGGCGGCGGCGGGCAGCCGAGGGCGCCGGGCCGCUCCCCCAUGCUGCCGCCGCCGCUGCCGCCGCGGCCGCCCUCGCGCCCUUCCAACGCCACCGCAACGCGCCAGCGCAGCCUGAGUCAGAGCCUGAGUCAGGCGUUCGGCCUCGGCGGCGGCGGUGGCGGCGGCAUUGAUCCGGAUCUGAAUCUGCCGCUGCCGUAUGCAUCCGAAGCCUCGGCGGGCCCAAUGGCGCCGCCGCCGCCACCUGCAGCGCUAACGUCAGCAGCAGCAACAACAGCAAUAGCUGACGCACAGCAGGGUCGCAGGUCGUCGGCGGGCGAAAGCUCGGCGACAGUGGCGGCGGCAGCCGCCGCUGCCGCCAGCGACGCCGCUGCCGCCGCCGCCGCCGCUGAUGCACAAGCCGCCGCCGCCGGUGGCAGCGGCUUCUACCGGCCGCCGACGCCGCUGGAGACGCUAGCCGAGGAGGUGGACGAGGGGCGCCUGUCGGGUAAAUGGCGACAGAAGUUUCCGCCCAGGGCGGUGCCGCGCGGCGCACUCCAUGAGAACGCCGCCGCAGCGGCCUUCGGUGCUGGCGGCGGCGGCGGCGGCGGGCAGCCGAGGGCGCCGGGCCGCUCCCCCAUGCUGCCGCCGCCGCUGCCGCCACGGCCGCCCUCGCGCCCUUCCAACGCCACCGCAACGCGCCAGCGCAGCCUGAGUCAGAGCCUGAGUCAGGCGUUCGGCCUCGGCGGCGGCGGUGGCGGCGGCAUUGAUCCGGAUCUGAAUCUGCCGCUGCCGUAUGCAUCCGAAGCCUCGGCGGGCCCAAUGGCGCCGCCGCCGCCACCUGCAGCGCUAACGUCAGCAGCAGCAACAACAGCAAUAGCUGACGCACAGCAGGGUCGCAGGUCGUCGGCGGGCGAAAGCUCGGCGACAGUGGCGGCGGCAGCCGCCGCUGCCGCCAGCGACGCCGCUGCCGCCGCCGCCGCCGCUGAUGCACAAGCCGCCGCCGCCGGUGGCAGCGGCUUCUACCGGCCGCCGACGCCGCUGGAGACGCUAGCCGAGGAGGUGGACGAGGGGCGCCUGUCGUCCGGUGGCGCUGGUGGCGGCGGCGGCGGCGGUUCAAGCUCCGGCCCCGUAGAUGCCGGCGGCGAUGCUGCAGCCGCAGCUGCAACCACGCGGCGCGCGACAGCUGCAGCUACAGCCGUGGCGGCGGCGGCGGCGAAUGGCGCGAGUGUGAGCCCUUUCAGCAACACCGCCGCGGCCGCUUCCCCAACCACCACAACCGCCGCCAUCUCAACCGCCGCCGCCGCCGCCAGUCCAACCGCCGCAACCGUCGCGACCGUUGGGGGCGCCGCGCGUUCGAAAUCUGACACCUCGGCGUUGACGUCGCAGCACAAGAGCCACCGUAGGCAGGGAUUGGGUCCCACCAAAACGCCAAAGUUGCCGUUUGUGCCCGUGUCCGCCCUCCAUCGCGAGUUGGAGCGGGCACGCAGCCAGGGCGGCGCCGGCGGCAGCGGCAGCGGCAGCGGCAGCAGCAACGGCGCUGGGAGCAGCAGCGGCAGCGGCAGUGUGGGCGGCUCUGCCCCCUCCACACCUUGGCCUACACCCGCGCCCUCCCCGGCCGUGGCGCUGCUACAGCCCGCACAAGCCGCCGCCGAUGGCGCCGCCGUCGCCGCUGCUACAGCCCCAGCCGCCGCCGCCGCCGCCGUCAACGCAGAUGGCGGCGGUGGCGCGGCCUCGGCGCAGCCGGCAUUGCUGCAGCCGCCGACGCAUGGUACGGCUGUAGCAGCGGCAGUGCCAGCUGCAGCUACAGCCGCCAUUGGCUCCAUUGCCCAAUCCGUCGCCCCCGCGUCGCCUGCUGCUGCGGUUGGUGCUACAGCCCCUCCUGCUGCUGCGGUUGGUGCUACAGCCCCUCCUGCUGACGAGGAGCCCAUGCAACCGGCGAUCACGAUUGUGGUUCUUCCAUUGGACGAGCACCAACAACAGCAGCAGCAGCGGCAGCAGCACCGGUCACAGCAGCAGCAGCAGCAGCAGCAGCAAGCACAACGUCCACGGCGGGAGGAGGAGGAGCGGGAGGACGAGCAGCAGCAGCCGCUGUUGCUACAGCCCGUGCGCUUCGUGCCAGACGGCAGCGGCGGCGCCGCCGCCCUCGCGCUGCCACCCACCCCGACCCAUGACAGCUACAACCAACCGCCAGCUGCUGCUACUGCCGCUGCUACUGCCGCGGAGGCCACAACUCCGCCGCCCUCCGUAACACGCCAACGCGACGGCCGCGCGGCUGCUACAGCCGCCAAGCCCGCUGUGGCUGCCGCUACUGCCGCCACCUCCUGGGGCGCCGAGGCUGUAGCAGUGCUUGGCCUCAUCCCGCUGGGCUGCGUGGGGGCGCUGAUGGCGGCGUGGGUGGCAUACCUGGGGCUGCAGGUGCUGCGGCGGGAGCAGCUGCGGUGUAGUCCAGGCUGGUGGUCGCUGGUGGUGGCGCAGGUGGUGGCGAUGCUGGGCGUCAGCGUCGGCGCCGUGGCUGUGGCGCUGGCCGGACGCCGCCAGCAGCAGCGCCGGGCGCAGGCGCUGCUGGCAGAGUGGGAGCUGGCGGCAGCAGAAGCGGCGGAGGCGGCGGCGGCAGCGGCAGAGGCGGCGGAGGUGGAUGCGAGGGCGGGGCCUGCGGCGGCGGCGGCGGCGGCGGCGGGGGCUGGCGGGGCGAGUGUGGAGGAGCAGCGGAGCUGGGGCCCCUUGGCGCCGCCGCCGGCGUUGCCCGCGCCGCCGCUGCCGCCCCGGCCGCCGGCCCCUGCGCCGCCACCGCCGCCGCCGCCGCCGCCGCCCGUUCCCUCCGCCGCGGCUGCCACCCUGCCCAUAGCGGACGCCAACCCGGCCGUCGCCGCCACCCCGGCCGCCGACGCCAGCUCUCCCGCCGCCGCCAGCUUGGACCUCACCGUCUCCGACGACUCCGUCCACCACCACGCCAGGUUUGAUCCCGCAUGCUCUCAUCAACAUCGCGACCACGAUGACAACCACGACCUCCACGAUCACGACCACCAUGAUCACGACCUUGACCACCACGACCUUCACAGCUCCCCCGCCGCCGCCGCCGCCGCCGCCGCCGCCGCCGCCGCCGCCGCCGCCGCCGCCGCCGACCCGUGGGCCGAGGGCGCGGCGGCGCUGGUACUGACGGCGCCUGUUCGUACGCUGGCGGUCACCUUCCUGGCGGGUCUGGCGGGCGGGCUUCUGGGUCUUGGCGGCGGCAUGGUGAUGGGACCGCUGCUGCUGCAGAUAGGCGUGCACCCGCAGGUCACGGCCGCCACCGCGGGCGCCAUGGUGCUCUUCUCCUCCUCCGCGGCUCUGGCCCAGUUCGCGCUGAUGGGCAAACUGAACCGCGACUACGCGCUUCUGUUCGGGGCGGCGAGCCUGGUGGCGGGUCUGUGCGGCACACGCCUGGUGGCGGGGGCGGUGCGGCGCAGCGGGCGGCCGUCCCUGGUGGUUCUGGCGCUGGCGGGUGUGAUGGGGGCCGGGUGCCUGAGCGUGGGCGUGUUCGGACUCAAGCAGGCGGUAGAGGACCUGGAGGCGGGCAAGAUUGGCUUCACAGGCAUUUGCAUGGCGCGCUGAAGGAUGUGGAGGUUUGUGGGGUUUGUAAGGUUUGUAAGGUUUGGGUUGGGGGGUUGGGAGCUUGGGAAUAGUUGGUUGGGGGGUUAGGGGGGCGGGGGCGGGGAGGCCUGGGUUGAGCGGAGACGAUGAGCGGGGAGUAGGUGUGCAGUGGGAGUGACGGUGUGAGCAGCUGUUGGGGUGUGUGCGAGUGGCAGUGCAGGUGUGUGUGGUGCGCUGGGGUGCGUAUGGGAGCAGCGGGGUGAGGGCGGUGGCACGGUGGGGAACAGGAGGGCGGGAUGUUGUGGUGUUGUGAUGUUGCGGUGUGUGGUGUGCGUGGUGGCAGCUGCAAUGUUUGUGGACCGCGUGUCAUCAAGCCCGCAUGUUCUGCGGCCUCGAUUUUGCAUGCGUGUAGGUUUGCACGAAAUCAAAAGAUGACGGAAGGGUGCAGGUGUGAACUGUGAAGUCGGGCCGUUGGCGCCUAUAGCAUGUGGGGCGAGAGGCGUGGACAUGGGUGUGUUGAUGGUGUUCAUUCAGUUCUCUGACAGGAUGCGUGGCUUCACAUUCGUCGUCUAGGCGCCUCCGCAACAGUGGCCCAAUGUUAUUGCUUUUACGACCGCUGCGAGCUGCCAGAAUUCAGUCUAGG